AUUUGUAAUUGCGAUUUAUUUUAAAUGUAAUCAGAACGGACAAUUAGCAAGAUUAACUCGAGUUAGCGUUUUGUUAUUGAAUUCUUAAAUAGAAAUAGAAUCUCUUUUGCGACAUUCUGUAAACAACAUGCUUUACGUGUCGGCUUCUUUGCUGGAAUCGCGAUGCUGCGGCGCAAGCCCACCCGGCUUGAGCUGAAACUGGAUGACGUCGAGGAGUUUGACAUGGUGAAGAAGGAGCUGGAGAGUCGUAAGAAGCAGCAGGAGGAGGUGGAUGUGGUGGGCGGGGCCUCGGCCACGAGCAGCGACAGCAAGUCCAGGGAUCAGCUGAUAAACGAGCGAAUCGGCUACAAGCCGCACCCCAAACCCAACAACCUGCCCUCGCUCUUCGGGAACCUGCAGUUCUAGGGGGGCGCUCAGGCCACGCCCCCCAGCUGUGCUUCCACUGACUUCCCUGCAGUGAUCAGAGCUGGAGCAGAGCGCCACAGCUGAGACCAUGGCAGCAUCUUUACAGUCCUCCGCUCCCAUCAGGAAAGCCUCGGCACGCUCAGCACUGCUGCAGGACAGACUGGACUGGGGGAGGAGACGGCUUCUCCACAGCGAUUGCCUCUUCGUUUGUUUUUUUGUUGUGUGAAAGCACUGGAUUGCAGCGCUGAAGACUUGUGCACAAUUGAAUGUAUAAAAUACAACCGUUGUUUUUUUAACAUUACAAUCAAAUAAUUUUUUUAAAGCAAUGUUAAAUAUUAAAAGUCAAACGGAGAAAAACUGU